AGCAGUGCUUUCCUAUUGGCUAUCGUAGUCUUUACGGACAGAAACUAUCAGGUCAAGUCUUCAUAGUCAAAUUGUCAAAAAGUAAUAAUUGAUGAGAUAGAUGAUUCUCAGCCACUUGUUCAAGUCAAGUCUAGUAGUCAUUAUUCAGUAGUUGACACGAGUUAAGUUUCCAUUCAAUAUGUGAGCUUCUAGACCUGCUCAAGCUAAGACAUUCCUCUAUAAUAAAUCCUUCUCUCUUCUCUCUUCUCUCUUCUCUCUUCAGUCUUCACCCUCCCAUGAAAUCCAUCUCCUUUUCAAGUUCUUAAAUAAAAAAAAAGGACCUGAAAUAAUCUCCCAUCCCACAAUGCUGUUGCUUGAGAAAUCACUCUACAUGUUCAUCAUUUUGUCUUCUGUAUGUUUCUUCAACAAUAAUUGUGCUGCUUCAGUAACUGAAUUAUCUUUUAAUGCAAAGCAUGAAGCAGCAAAUGGUGGAACAGAAGCCAAUUCUCUUUUGAAAUGGAAAGCAAGCCUUGACAACCACAGCCAAUCUGUUUUAUCUUCUUGGGUAGGAAGCAAACCUUGCAACUGGGUUGGAAUCACUUGUGAUAACUCUGGAAGCAUCACCAGUUUGAGCCUUGCUAAUUUAGGCUUAAGAGGUACGCUUGAUAGUUUCAAUUUUUCAUCCUUUGCCAACCUUUUACGUCUUCAACUUUCAAACAACUCAUUGCAUGGAAGCCUUCCAUCACAUGUCUGUAAUCUCUCCAAAAUAAGAUCCUUGGACUUGUCCAAUAAUUAUCUCACAGGAAACAUUCCACCUGAGAUAGGUUUCCUGACAAACCUUAACAGCUUGUCUCUAUCUCAUAAUCUCUUUAAUGGCCAUAUCCCUUCUGCAUUUGGCAUGCUGAGGUCUCUUUCUGAGCUUUAUUUGUGUGAAAACAAUCUCUCCAGUUCAAUACCAACUUCAGUAACAAACCUGGGAAAUCUAUCUACUCUCUGCUUAAGGGGUAACAAGCUCUCUGGUUCCCUACCUUCUGAGAUUGGGUUGCUGAUAUCUCUUAAUUAUCUCGAUUUGUCGAGUAAUUCUCUUACUGGGAGAAUCCCUACUUCCAUUGGAAACUUGAGCAAAUUAUCCUACCUUGACUUCUCCAAGAAUCAGUUAAGUGGUCCCAUACCUGGAGAAGUGAGUCAGAUGAGAAAAUUGUCUACUCUAUGGCUUUUUUACAAUCAACUUUCAGGACCCAUUCCUUCUGUGCUUGGAAACAUGACUAUGCUGGCUGAUUUAGCUUUGUAUGGAAAUAAUUUAUCUGGAAGGGUUCCUCCAGAAUUAGGACAACUUAAAUCCCUUCAAGUUUUAAACUUGUUUUUCAAUCAGCUCAAUGGUUCCCUGCCUCCGGAAAUCAAUAAUCUUACCCAUUUGAUGUCUCUAAGAUUGUCUGGAAACCAAUUCACUGGUCCUUUGCCAGAUAAUGUCUGCCUUGGAGGGUUACUUAAAAAUUUUACAGCAGCCAAAAAUUAUUUCUCAGGCUCAAUCCCCAAAACCUUGAGAAAUUGUACUAGUCUAUAUAGAAUAAGGCUUGAAGAGAAUCAAUUAACAGGGAAUGUUUCAGAAGAUUUUGGGAUAUAUCCACAUUUGUAUUACAUGGACUUGAGUAACAAUAGAUUGCUUGGAGAGCUUUCAUGGAAACUAGGGAAGUGGACAAACAUCACUUGCCUAAAACUCUCAAACAAUUAUAUCUCAGGUUCUAUUCCCUUUGAGCUUGGAAAUGCUACUCUUUUAAGUGUCAUUGAUCUUUCCUGGAAUCAUUUGCAAGGGAAAAUUCCAAAUGAAUUGGGGAAGUUGAAGUUGCUGCUUAGCCUUCGUCUUAACAAUAAUAAACUUUUUGGUGCUGUUCCUUCAGAUGUCAAGUUGCUUUUUAAUCUGAAUGAACUUAAUUUAGCAGCAAAUAAUCUAAGUGGUUCAAUUCCUCAACUUUCUGAGUUGUCAAGUUUAAUGAUCUUGAAUUUAAGUCGAAACGAAUUUACAGGAAGCAUUCCAUUUGAGAUAGGCAAUCUACAUUUUCUACAAGUUCUUGAUCUUAGUCAUAACUUGUUGAUUCAACAAAUCCCACUACAACUUGGGCAUCUAAGAACUUUAGAAGUGCUAAAUCUCUCACAUAACAUGCUCUCCGGUUCGAUUCCGGGCAAUUUUGAUGAUCUGUUGAGCUUAACUGCUGUGGAUAUAUCCUACAAUGAGUUAGAAGGUCCUCUUCCUGAUGUUAAAACUUUCAUUGAGUCUUCUUUUGAUGCAUACAGAAACAACAAAGGCCUGUGUAGUAAUGCCAUUGUCACUGCCAGUGGUUUAAAGCCCUGCAAAUUCAUUAAAAGCAGCAAAACCACUCAGACAAAAAGGAAUCAAGUUGUCAUUUUGAUUCUUCUUCCUCUUUUGGCAACUCUAUCUCUGGUCUUUAUCUGGAUUGGAUGUUUCUUGAUUCUCCAUCGAACUAGAACAAGAAAAGCCCAACCAAUUGAGCAAAAUUGUGAAAAGAUAAUGGUAAUACCAGACCAUGAUAUGGAAAUACAGUAUGAAAAUAUCAUCAGGGCAACUGAGGAUUUCAACUCCAAGUAUUUCAUUGGAGCAGGUGGAUAUGGAGUUGUUUAUAAAGCUGUAAUGCCAUCAGGUCGAGUAUUUGCAGUAAAAAAACUUCACCCAUUACAAGACUCGUCAAAUUUAAAAGCUUUUGAAAGAGAGAUUGAAGUGUUAACAGAGAUUCGACAUCGAAAUAUUGUCAAGUUAUAUGGUUUUUGUUCAUGUUCAAAGCACGCAUUUCUGGUGUAUGAGUUGGUAGAAAGAGGAAGUUUGAGAAUGAUUUUAAGCAUGGAAGAGGAAGCAGUAGAAUUGGAUUGGAUGAAAAGGUUAAAUAUUGUGAAAGGAGUAGCAAAUGCUUUGUCUUAUAUGCACCAUAAUUGCCCAUUUCCUAUAAUUCAUCGGGACAUCUCCAGCAACAAUGUUCUGUUGGAUUCAGAAUAUGAAGCUCGUCUGUCUGAUUUUGGCACAGCUAGGCUUUUGAUGCCUCACCCAUCCAACUGGACUUCAUUUGCUGGUACCUUUGGAUACAUAGCUCCAGAGUUGGCUUACACGAUGGAAGUGAAUGAAAAAUGCGACGUAUAUAGUUUUGGAGUAGUAACAUUGGAGAUAAUAAUGGGAAAGCAUCCAGGCAAUCUUCUCUCAUCUCUUUGGGCUUCACCAGUCUAUCAACAAAUAUUGUUAAAGGAUUUGGUAGAUCCACGUCUUCCAUAUCUUGGAAAUCAAGUUGCAGAAGGUGUAGUCUACGUUACUGCUUUAGCACUUUCAUGCUUGCAUACCAAUCCCCAAUCUCGUCCAACUAUGCAACAAAUUUCUUCUAAGUUGAUAGCUAAAUAUCCUCCCAUUUCUAAACCAUUCUCCAUGAUAAAAUUACAUGAAUUGGUAUUUAAAUCAAUGUCAAAGAAUGAAUAUUUUGAUUGUAUUCAGUAAUAGCGUUUAUUGUUAGUAUUUAGUGUUUAGAUUAAAUCAAAAUAAUAUUUUUGUUGUUUAUUAUUUGAUGACUACUUAUUUAUACUACUAGUAGUUGGAGGUUGAACAGGUGGUUAUUGUAAAGUUUCCAUUUCCUAAUGUUUAGAUUUUUGUAGUAAUUAAUUGUAAUUUUCUAACACAUA